AACACUCAUCCACCCCUUCCCUUCCUCAUCACACCACCACCGCACUCCGAUUCUUUGCGAUACUUUCUGCUCGGACAAUUGCUACUCACGAUGCCGGGCGCAGUGCACAAGACACCCAUGAAGCGGGUGCUCGCCGAAAGCACCAACACCCGGGCCAAUGUCCAGCCCUCGCCCCGCUCCGCGAAGAAGCUCAAGCUAGACCAAUCCCUCUACAAGAAUGGACGCACGCCGAUUAAAUCCGUCAAUGGCUCCUUCAACUCGAGUCAGCCGAAGAGCCGGUUCGAGGAAGAGGUGUUGGAGAAGAUGACACAGGACAUCGAGAAUCUCAAGCAGAACAGCACCGAGCGAGACCAGCAAUGGACCCGGCCAGACUUGCAUGACUUCGAUGACAUGAGGGACAACCUGCGCUUCCAGCAGAUCGAAGCUGAGGAGGGUUAUCUGCACGGCGGGAGGACCACAAUCAAGCUCUUUGGCGUGACGGAGACGGGCCACUCGGUUCUCCUCCACGUCACCAACUUCCAGCACUACUUCUACAUCGCCGCCCCCGUUGGAUUUCAGAAGGAAGACUGUGAUCCUUUCCGCAUUUACCUCGAGGGUGAGGUGGCCAAACAGUUCGCCCAGUACGGGGCUGCAGUGCAGUCGGUCCAGAUGACAAUGAAGGAGAACAUAUUUGGCUUCCAAGGAAACCAGAAGAGCCCGUACUUGAAGAUCACUGUCACCGACCCGAGAAACAUCAACCGGGUGCGGAAGACGGUGCAGGACGGAUUCGCCAACUACAAACAGCUCUGGAAAUGCCAGGAAGACGGAAUUCUGACCUUUGACAACAUUCAAUAUGUCCUGAGGUUCAUGAUCGACACCAAGAUCUCUGGCAUGUCCUGGGUCGAAGUGCCUGCUGGAAAGUACAAGAUGAUUCACCCUCGGGACCGGCACUCGAACUGCCAGAUCGAAGCGUCAGUCCACUUUGGAGAUCUCAUAUCCCAUCCCGCUGAAGGUGAAUGGGCCAAGAUGGCACCCCUCCGCAUCCUCUCCUUCGACAUAGAAUGCGCUGGUCGAAAAGGCAUCUUCCCAGAAGCGAAGGUGGAUCCCGUCAUCCAAAUCGCCAACGUCGUCACGAGAGCCGGAGAAGACAAGCCCUUCGUCCGAAACGUCUUUUGCCUGGAUACAUGCAGCUCGAUUGUUGCGACGCAGAUAUUUUCCUUCGAGAAAGAGCAGCAAAUGCUUAUGAAAUGGCGAGACUUCCUUGAAGAAGUGGACCCGGAUGUUAUCAUUGGCUAUAACAUAUCUAACUUCGACUUCCCGUAUCUUCUUGAACGUGCUGAAUAUCUGAAGUUGCCAAAAUUUCCUUAUUGGUCGCGCCUGAAGACCGAACCGUCAAAAUCAACAAAGACGAACUUUUCCAGCAAGCAGAUGGGUAAUCGAGACACCCGGGCGACUAAUACCAACGGCCGUCUUCAGCUCGACCUUCUACAGCUUGUUCAACGAGAUUAUCAACUUCGAAGCUACACCCUGAACGCUGUGUGCGCUCAUUUCCUGAAAGAACAGAAAGAAGACGUCCACCACAGUAUGAUCACGGAGCUGUACAACGGCGAUGCAAAUUCGCGACGGCGGUUGGCUGUUUACUGUCUCAAGGAUGCAUAUCUACCCCAACGACUCCUCGAUAAGCUUAUGUGCUUGGUCAAUUACACAGAGAUGGCUAGAGUCACAGGAGUUCCGUUCAACUACCUCCUCGCCCGUGGUCAGCAAGUGAAGUUCAUCAGCCAACUUUUCCGCAAAGCUCUUGAACAAUCACUCGUCAUUCCCGAUCUUAGCAGUCAAGCUUCAGAAGAUCAGUAUGAAGGGGCCACCGUUAUCGAACCAAGACGUGGAUACUACGAUGUUCCAGUUGCCACCCUCGAUUUCGCUUCUCUGUAUCCGAGUAUUAUGCAAGCGCACAACCUUUGCUACACCACACUGCUCAAUAAACAGUUAAUUGAGAAGUUUAAUCUGAAGAAAGACGAGGAUUACAUUGUCACCCCAAACGGUGAUUUCUUCUGCACGGCAAAAGUACGCAAAGGGCUUCUUUCGCAGAUUCUGGAGGAGUUGUUGAGUGCUCGUAAGAGAGCUAAAAGGGAGUUGGCGGUUGAAACGGAUCCCUUCAAAAAGGCCGUGCUGAACGGUCGUCAGUUGGCAUUGAAAAUCAGCGCUAACUCCGUUUACGGUCUCACCGGAGCCACGGUUGGAAAACUGCCCUGUCUCGCUAUCGCCAGUAGUACCACCAGUUACGGUCGCCAGAUGAUUGAGAAGACAAAGCACGAAGUAGAGCACAAGUAUACCGUCAUCAAUGGCUACAGUCAUGAUGCUGAAGUCAUCUACGGUGAUACUGAUUCAGUGAUGGUAAAAUUCGGGACCACCGAGCUUACAAAAGCCAUGGAGCUCGGACAAGAAGCUGCCGAAUUCGUCUCCUCGAAGUUUAUCAAGCCCAUUAAGCUUGAGUUCGAGAAGGUUUACUUUCCGUACCUUCUCAUCAACAAAAAACGCUAUGCUGGUCUAUACUGGACCAAUCCCAACAAAUGGGAUAAAAUGGACACGAAGGGCAUCGAGACCGUUCGCCGUGACAACUGCCGACUUGUCCAGACUGUCAUUGAAACCUCCCUUCGCAUGCUGCUCAUCGACAGAGACGUCAAUGGAGCACAGGAAUUUGUCAAGGAAACCAUCUCCGACCUUCUUCAGAACAAAAUCGACAUGUCCAAUCUCGUGAUCACAAAGGCUCUGACAAAGUCCUCAGAGAAGGACGCCAAAGACUCCUACACAGCAAAGCAAGCCCACGUCGAACUUGCCGAACGUAUGAGGAAGCGUGAUGCGGGCUCUGCCCCUGCACUUGGGGACCGUGUCGCCUAUGUAAUCGUAAAGGGCGCAGGCGGCUCAAAGAACUACGAAAAGUCCGAGGAUCCCAUCUUCGUUUUGGAGAACAACAUUCCCAUUGACACAAAAUACUACCUCGAAAACCAGCUCGCCAAACCCCUAGGUCGUAUCUUCGAGCCUAUUCUCGGUGAAAAGAAAGCCGGCCAACUGCUCACGGGGGCGCAUACACGCUCAAUUUCGGUCGCUGCACCUACUAUGGGCGGACUCAUGAAAUUUGCUAAGAAAACGCAAACCUGUAUGGGGUGCAAGAAACCGCUCGUCAGCGCCGCCGAGAAAGACGGUGCUGUUUGCGAAAAUUGUCGUCCGCGUAUCGGAGAGCUUUACCAGAAGACGCUUUCGAAGGUUAGCGAGUUGGAAAUUCGAUUCGCUAGACUGUGGACUCAAUGUCAGAGAUGCCAGGGGAGUAUCCAUUGCGAAGUUAUUUGUUCGAGUAGAGAUUGUCCAAUUUUUUAUAUGCGCAUGAAGGCACGGAAAGAUGUCGAGGAUGGCGGAAAGGAGCUUGUUAGGUUUGAUAAGGAUGCUGCGCUGUGGUGAUGUUUCGGGGUUGAGAUUGCUGUGUGGGUGGAUUUUAGGAUGUAAUUGAUGAAUGGAUGGACUGUCAACAAUAGCUCUCCUUCAGAGAGACUAGUACGGAGCUGGGCGUUGUAGUAUGACUUUGCACUUCAUACGGAUAAUGAUCUUGCGAAAAGAACUGGGAUGGUUGUAUAGUCAUGGAGAUAUAG